AUGGAAUCAUUAAAAAAUUUUGUUCGGUACAGUUGGUAUUCAUCACCAAAAGUACGUACAAAUAUUAUAAAUGAUCUCAUUGAAUCAUUUAAAACAAAUCAAGCAGAUGAUCUAUCAGAUCCUGCAUUAAAAGUCUUGGCUCAUACAAUUGGUCAACUUAUUCCAUUGUAUACAACAACGGAAUCACGUAUUCUUCUUAGCACACUUUUGGAUGAAGUUAUACGAAAAUAUAAAGAAAGAAUUUUAAAAUUAAUUAUUAAUGCAUUCGAUGUACAAUCACGUGCGAUUUGUAAAGUACAUCCACAUCGAAAUGCACGAUUUCAGGCUGAUUAUGGUUUAAUAUAUAUGUCGAAAAUUAUAGUAGCAAUUAAUGGGAUAACCAUUGAAGAAGAAACUGAUAAAUUGAUUUUAUUAAUCUUUUCAAGGUUUACUUCAACUUUAUUGGCUGAUUCAUCAACUUCUUUCGGAUUGAAAUUAGCUAACAAACGUCUAAAUUCUCUAUUCAAACAGGUUCCAACAUUAGCCGAACAUUGGGUAACCUUAUUAAAAUCGAUAUCUGAACAUGACCUCGCUCAUUUGGGUUUAAUAAGUUCUCUUUUAUAUCGAUUUAAAACAAAAGAACCAACAUUAUAUGAACAAGUCAAGUCCAUUGGUAUUGAUUCCUAUUCAAAAUUAAUUCUUGGUACACGAACAAAACCUUAUGAAACAGCAUUAAAACCUUGUAAUGAAAUUCUAAGUUCAAUUGAUAUUGAAACAUUUAAAACAAAAGUUUAUCCAAUACUUAAUCGAUCACUUCUUCGUAAUCCUGAAAUAAUUAUCGAAGCUGUACCAUCAUUACUUAGUAAUUUACAAUUCGAUUUAAGUUAUACUGCAAAUGAACUUGCUAAACUUUUAGCUCCACCAUUAAUAUCAAAAACUGAAAGUCUAGAAGCAUCUGCAUUAGCUUCAUUUCGUGCUCUUGCUAGACAAAUUUCAAAUGGUGAAACAGCAAUUAGUAUAGUUCAAUAUUUAUUCAACAUUCUCAAUGGUACUGAAUCAUCUGUCAAUAAAUUAUCGGUCAUAAGUCAACGUGAAAAUGUUCUAAGUGCAAUCGGUACAUUAAGUCGUUCACCAAGUACAAAUAUAGCACAAGAUGAUAUAUUAAAAUUAUUUGAAAAAUAUUUCUAUCCAAUAAUACAACAAGAAGUACAUGAAGGUCUUAUUUGUCAUAUGUUACAACAAAUGAGUAGUUGGUGUUCAAGAUUAACAAAUGUUAAUCAAACAUUAACAGAUUUCUUUAAAAAAGGACUUGAACAAAAAAAUAGUACAGCAAUUACACGUGCAGCUUAUCUUCAAUGUAUGUUGGUAACAUAUAAAGAGGAUAGUUUGACUAGUUUAAUACCAUUACAUUCAACAUUAAUGGCAUCAUAUGAACGUGGUCUUAAUCAAUCAACAUUAAUCAAUUGUGUUCAUGAGGCAUUAUUAGCUGCUCUUAUUAUGAUAAAUAUUGCUCAAAUGAGUUCUUCGUAUGACAGCAAAUUGACAUCAUUAUGGUCAUCAUUAAAUGAUAGUAAACGACAAAUUUUUACAACUGAUAAAUUUCAAAGAGAAAUCAAUCCAGCUGGUGCUCGUACUUUCUUUCAAUUUUAUGAACAACUUCAUGGAACAUUACAUAUUCAAGAAAUGAUUCCAUAUACUCGAACAUUUAUCUAUUUAAUUUUACAUUCAUCAUAUGAAAUACGUAAACAAGCAUAUGAUAUAAUUCGUCGUCUUGUUAAUAAUUUACGUUCAUCUGAAACUGACAUAAGUUUAGCACUUUUAAAUGGAUUAAAUUCAUAUCUUGAUCAUUUUCCAAUAUCAAAUGAAUCAUCGACAACUGAUGAAACAAAUCAACAAAUAAAAUUAACAACAGUUUCAAAAAGUUUUGAAGAAACAAUUUUAUGUUUAGCUAAAUCAAUGCGAAUGCAAGAUGAAAAUACAAAACAAAUAUUAUCUAUUCGAGCAUUACUUGUUUGUUGUUUAAGUUCAAUUCUUUUAUUAACUGAUGAAAAACUUUGGCUCAAAUUUCUUUAUCUUAUAUUCGAUAAACAAUAUAAAGAAAUAGAAAAUUAUUUUAAUAAUAAUAUUAAUUCUCUUGUUCAAAUUUGUACAACUAAUCAAAGAUUAACAAAAGAUCAAAUAUCAGCUAUAGGUCUUCUAUGUUCAACAAAACCAAAUCUUUUCUUAAAAUCUUUUCUUCAAAUUGCUUAUCAACGUCUUGAAGUAGAUCGUUAUUUAUUAGUAGAUAAACGAUCUUAUGAAAUAAUGAAAACACCAUCAGGUCAAUUAUAUGAUAAAAGUGUUAUGGAGACUAUAUUAAAACAUGAAGUAAAAGAAACAGGAAAUAUUAAAAGGGAGAGUAAAAAUUAUUCAUAUAAAGAACAAAUGGCAGCAAGAGAAUUAGAAAAAGAAAUAGCUGCUAAACAAAAGAAAACUGCUGAACCACAAUUAACAAAAAAACAACAGGAAAUGCUUCAACACCAACUUGAUCAAGAACAAACAAUACGUGAUAGUGUUAAAAAGAUUGAUGAGGAUGCAAAGAAUGUUUUUGAAGUCUUAAUAAAUAUUGUUAAAAGUACUCAAGAACAAUUUAUACCUUAUCUUGGUGAACUUGUUUCUCAUAUUUGGCCAGCAUUACAAUCACCAGUAGCAUUUAGUUAUGCUAAAGAUUUAUAUAUUACUCUCGUACCAAUUGUAUUUAUGAAUGAUAAAGAUACAUUUGGUUAUGCUAUUGCGUAUUUGGCUGUUCGACUUAAUUGUGAUCCGUCGACUAUUCAUCAACAAAUAGAUAAACGUUGGCUUCAAGAAAAUUUAUCUUCAGCUGUUGAACGUUUACUUCAACGUUUAUAUGAUAAUACUCAACAAGCUAAAACAUUUAAUCAAUUAUCUAUUGCAAGACUUGAUUAUUGUUUACCUUUAUUUAAAAAUAUUGUUAGUCAUCCAAAAUCUACAAAUGAAUGGGCAACAUCAAUAUUAAAUAUUUGUCGAGAAUAUUUUUCAUCAGUUUCAACAUCUGAUCCUGAUAAUCAUCCAUCAUUAUUACCACGUCGUGAUCUAAUUCGUUUAUUUCUUGAUAUAAAUGCUGUAUCAAAAUCUGUUCAAGUUCAAAAUGAUGCAUCAGAAAUGCUUGAAAAAUUAUGUGAAUUAUGUUGUACAUAUGAAAGUGAUGAUGAUAUUCGAGUUUUACUUGAAAAUCUUCAAUCACCUAUUCCAAGUGUACGAGAAAGUUGUAUACUUUCAUUAAAAAAAUUAGUCAAUCAAUUACAUACAUCACAUCCAAUACUUGAAGCUGAUAUUGCACGUCGUUUAUUAAUUACUUGUGAAGAUUCUGAAGAACAUGUGAAAAAUAUUGCUAUUGAAUUAUGGCCUCAAACAAAAUUAUCAAUUAAAUCUGAAAAUGUUAAAGAUUUUCUUAAAGAUAUUGUUCAUCGAAAUUAUUUUGUUCGUGAACCAGCAACACAUGCAUUACCAAAAUUAUUAGAAAACACUUAUCCUCAAUUAGUUCCUUUUAUUCUUAGUGAUCUUUUUGAUAUUUAUACAAAGAAUAAUAAGAUCGAGACGAUGGCACGCAAAAAUGAAAAUUUGAUCACACGCAACGAACAAAUCGGACAAGGUGGCUUUGGUACUGUUUAUAUAGGUAGUUAUCGUGAUCACAAGGAAGUAGGAAUUAAAGAUGUCAAGGGCAAAUUAUCGGCUGAAGCUUUAGCUGAAGCAGAUUUACUCAAAACUCUUACACAUCCGCAUAUCAUUCAGUAUAUUGACAUCGUUCAAACACCAAAUCAAACGUCAAUUAUCAUGGAAUUUAUCGAUGGAGGUUGUCUGUUUGAAUACAUUCGAAGGACGACUCAGUCAUUGAUGUAUUGGAAAGUUACUCGACAGAUAAUGAUUGAUGUUGCACAUGGUAUGGCUUAUUUACAUAGUCAACGUAUUGUUCAUGCUGACUUGAAAAGUCUUAAUGUUUUGUUGCGACACAACCAUUCAGCAGUCAUAUGUGAUUUUGGUCUUGCAAGAACAAUAGCUGAUUCAAGAGCAGUCACUACAUGCUCCGUUAGAGUUCAGGAGCUCACUGCUAUCUCCGAUGUAGAUAUUCAUAAUAUUAAUCAAGGAAAAGAAAAAUCAUUGUCAUCGAACUCAUCACAUACAAGACCCUCGACUGGUAAUAAACGGUCUCCAAUCAAAGCUUCAUUGUCGUCACCAAAAGUCAAUGAUACAAAUUCCGAUGAAUAUGUAACUGCGAUGACUCAAUUGAAACUUGGCAAUCCAGAUCGAAAACGCAAGUCUUCAACAGUACGCCGAACAGAUGAUUCUACUGAUAAGUCUACUAUUGAAGCCGAUGAAAUGUAUGAUUUUACCAUUGGUCGUCAUCUUUAUAAAGGACCACGUGGUGGUUGGUACUAUUUAACUCCUAAUGGCAGUAAAGCAUACAUAAAGACCGACUAA